GCUCAAGCUCGCGUUCGCUCCUCGACACCAUCAUCUCGGUUUCUACUACUUUAUAGGAAUAUGGGCAAACAACAAACUCUAGGUAAAUUCUUCACGAUGCCUCCGGAUAAGAAACCGGCUCCGGCUCAGCAAGCUAGUCUUUCGGAUAUGUGGGGCGGUGGUGGGACUAAGAAGGUGAAUAAGGAGGAGGAGGGUGAUGAAGAGGACAUGAAGGUCAUGAAGGAGGCAGUUGAUGGGGAUGGUAGUGGACCUUCGGGUAGCCAGGUCGGUUCAUCGAGCAAGGCUAAGGUGCGGGAGACGAAGGCGAAUGAUUCAGGUGCGGACGAGGAUGUGCAGAUGGAUGCGUCGGAAGUCGAGGUGGAGGUUGAGGACAGGACUACGAAGGCGAAUGGGAAAGGCAAGAAGAAGACAGAGGAGAUGGAGGUGGAUGACGAGGAGGAAGAGAAACCGAAGAAGACUGCAAAGGCGAAGCGCAAGUUGGACGCUCCGAGUUCUGCAGUUGCAUCUGACUCAAAGAAGGUGAAGAAGCGGAAAAUGAUUGUCUCUGACGAAGAGGAUGAGAUAGAUGCUGAAACUAAGACUAGCGAUACCUCUCUUCCUUCUUCACCUGCACCGGAGCCGAUACCCAUGAAGUUCGGGCCACCCAAGAGAAAGCCCAAGAAAGCGUCGAAAACCAUUGAUUCGGAACCUGAAGCUUCUGAGGCCCAGCAGGCAUCCAAACCUAAAGCGAAGAGGUUAUCCAAGAAGAAGGCUGAGUCCAUACCAGUGGUGGAGGAGGACGAUGAUCUUGUUGAUGAGGUACCGCCGUCGUCAGAUGCAGCGCUCAGUGCGGAUGAGGUUGUUGAAGACGAGAUUGACGCUGAAGAAGAAGUAGAGGAGCUAGCGAGUGGAAAGGCCGCACGAAAAACUGCGGAGGCGGCUAUGGAUCGAAGAACAGAUGUCGACGUGACGGGUGGCUGGAAAGAUGGAGAACCGGUGCCGUACGCUGCUUUAGCCAAGACGUUUGCUCUCAUUGAGGCGACGACGAAGCGAUUAGAGAAGACAUCUCUGCUUACGGCUCUUCUGCUCCUUGUUAUACAACGCAGUAAGCCGGGAGACUCCAAUUCAUUGCUCCAGACCAUUUAUCUAUGCAUCAACCGCUUGAGUCCCGAUUACAUUGGCAUUGAACUGGGUAUCGGCGAGAGCAUCCUGAUCAAAGCUAUUGGGGAGUCAACGGGCCGAAAUCUGAACACGAUCAAGGCCGAGCUCAAGAAAGAGGGUGAUUUGGGACUUGUGGCUAUGAACUCUAAGAACAUGCAGAAGACGCUCUUCAAGCCCAAACCUCUCACCGCUUCCUUCGUCUUCACCAACCUAAAGGAGAUUGCGCUCAGCACAGGACAUUCAUCUCAAAACAAGAAGAUCAACAUCAUCACAAAGCUUCUAGCUGCAUGUUUAGGCCAGGAGGCGAAAUACAUCGUACGCAGCCUGGAGGGUAAGCUACGUAUUGGGAAUGCAGAGAGAACGGUACUCGUUGCUCUCGCGCACGCGGCUGUGUUAGCAGAGCAAGAGAAAUCUGGGAAGAAAUGGAGUCCAGACAAACUUGCAACCCGACUAGAGCAAGGCGCCAGCAUCAUCAAAUCGGUCUACAGUGAACUCCCGAACUAUGAUAAAGUCAUCCCAGCCCUCCUCACGGACGGACUCGACCGCCUCACGGAGACAUGUAAACUCACCCCCGGUGUCCCACUCAAACCUAUGCUCGCAAAGCCUACCAAAGCGAUCGGCGAGGUCCUCGACCGAUUCGAGGGUAAAAGGUUCACGUGCGAGUAUAAGUACGACGGCGAACGAGCACAGGUGCAUAUGCUGGACGAUGGGAGCAUCAAUGUGUUCAGUCGGAAUUCGGAGGAUAUGAGCAAGAAGUAUCCGGAUCUGGUCGAGCAGUUGCCGCACUGUGUGAAAGAGGCCACGAAGUCUUUCGUGCUCGAUACGGAGGCAGUCGCUAUUGAUCGCCAAACAGGUAAACUGAUGCCUUUCCAAGAGCUCAGCAAGCGGAAGCGGAAGGAUGUCAAAGUUGAGGAUAUUCAAGUCCGGGUGUGUCUGUUCGCCUUCGAUCUUCUGUACCUCAAUGGCGAGCCUCUACUCCACAAACCCCUGGCGGAACGACGCGAACUUCUCCGGAAGCACUUCCAGUCUGUUGAGGGAGAGUUUGACUUCGCCAAGUCCAUGGACAACGAGUCCGUCGAGGAGAUACAGACGUUCUUGGAUGUGAGUGUGAAGGAUGGAUGUGAAGGUCUCAUGGUCAAGAUGAUGGAGAGCGAGGCUAGCCAUUACGAACCCAGUCGACGUAGUGUUAACUGGCUCAAGCUCAAGAAGGACUACCUGGCCGGCGUCGGGGACUCUCUUGACCUCGUCGUAGUAGGCGGCUACUACGGCAAAGGCAAACGGACCAACUUCUACGGCGCCUUCUUGCUUGCUUGUUACGACUCCGACUCUGAAGAAUUCCAAACAAUCUGCAAGAUCGGGACCGGGUUCAGCGAGGAGGCCCUCGCAUCGCAUUAUGAAGCACUCAAGCCACUCGAAAUGGAGAAACACAGGGGAGACAUCAAGCCCGGCGGUGCGAAGCCUGAUAUUUGGUUCGAACCCAAGAUCGUCUGGGAGGUGCUCACGGCCGAUUUGAGUCUCAGUCCGGUAUAUACGGCGGCGCAGGGAUUGGUGGAGGAGAGGGGAAUAAGCUUGAGGUUUCCAAGGUUCAUCCGGGUGCGGGAUGACAAGGGUGCGGAUGAUGCAACGGGUCCGGAACAGGUUGCGGAAAUGUAUGAGCGACAGGCUCUGGCGCAGGGAGGUGGUGGCAAGAAGAAGAAGGGAGACGAUGCUGAUGACUUUUGGUGAAUGCUGUUCAGGCAUGAGAUAGCAAAGGAUUCGGAU